UUUAAUUUUGUUGCCUUUCAGAUUAUAUUUGGGUCUUGGCACCCAGCUACUCCUCUGCCAAUGAAGUACGUCCUGGUCACUGGAGGGGUCAUCUCGGGCAUUGGUAAAGGGAUCAUCGCCAGCAGCGUUGGGAUGAUUUUAAAAUCAUGUGGACUCCGAGUUACUGCCAUCAAGAUUGACCCGUAUAUUAACAUUGACGCAGGCACUUUUUCACCCUAUGAACACGGUGAAGUGUUCGUCUUAAAUGAUGGUGGAGAAGUUGACUUAGACCUUGGAAAAUAUGAAAGGUUCUUGGAUAUUAAUCUUUAUAAAGACAACAACAUCACCACUGGGAAGAUCUAUCAUCAUGUGAUUAAUAAAGAGAGGUGUGGUGAUUACAUGGGGAGAACAGUGCAAGUGGUCCCUCACAUUACCGAUGCUAUCCAGGACUGGGUUAUGAAUCAAGCUGUGGUGCCUGUGGACGGUAAUAAGGAAGAACCCCAAAUAUGCGUGAUUGAGCUGGGAGGCACCAUCGGAGACAUAGAAGGGAUGCCGUUUGUGGAAGCAUUCAGACAAUUCCAGUUUAAGGCAAAAAGACUGAAUUUCUGUAAUAUCCAUGUUAGCCUCGUUCCACAGCCCAGUGCUACCAAAGAACAAAAAACUAAACCCACACAAAACAGUGUGCGUGCGCUGAGGGGGUUAGGCCUGUCUCCGGAUCUGAUUAUCUGCCGAUGCACAGCACCCAUGGAGAUGGCUGUGAAGGAGAAGAUUUCCAUGUUUUGUCACGUGAAACCUGAACAGGUCAUAUGCGUUCCUGAUGUUUCUUCCACGUACCGAGUGCCUGUGAUUUUGGAGGAACAAGGCAUUGUUAAAUAUUUUAAAGAGAGACUGAACCUGCCCAUUGGUGAUUCUGCAAGUAAUUUGCUUUUCAAGUGGAGAAAUAUGGCUGACAGGUAUGAAAGGCUACAGAAAACAUGCUCUAUUGCGCUGGUCGGCAAAUACACUAAGCUCAGGGAUUGCUAUACCUCUGUGUUUAAAGCCCUGGAACACUCGGCCCUGGCCAUCAACCACAAGUUGAAUCUGAUGUACAUAGACUCCAUUGACCUGGAGCAGAGCACCGAAUCUGAGGACCCUGGGAAAUUCCAUGAAGCUUGGCGGAAGCUAUGCAAAGCUGAUGGUAUUUUGGUACCUGGAGGCUUUGGAAUCAGAGGAACAUUGGGAAAACUGCAGGCGAUUUCUUGGGCAAGGACAAAGAAGAUUCCUUUUCUGGGAAUUUGCCUUGGGAUGCAAUUAGCCGUGAUAGAGUUUGCAAGAAACUGCCUGAACUUGAAAGAUGCUGAUUCUACAGAAUUUGAGCCAUACGCCACAGUGCCUGUGGUGAUUGAUAUGCCUGAACACAACCCUGGCAAUUUGGGAGGAACCAUGAGGCUGGGAGUAAGAAGAACUAUUUUCAAAACGGAAAAUUCAAUAUUAAGGAAACUUUAUGGCAAUGUUCCUUUUAUUGAAGAAAGGCACAGACAUCGGUAUGAGGUGAACCCUAACCUGAUCAACAAAUUUGAGCAGAAUGACUUGAAUUUUGUAGGUCAGGAUGUCAGUGGGGAGAGAAUGGAAAUCAUUGAACUGGCAAAUCACCCCUAUUUCGUUGGUGUGCAAUUCCACCCUGAGUUUUCUUCUAGGCCCAUGAAGCCUUCCCCUCCAUACCUGGGGCUGUUACUUGCAGCAACUGGGAACCUGAAUGCCUACCUGCAGCAGGGGUGCACGCUGUCUGCCAGUGAUAGAUACAGUGAUGCCAGUGAUGACAGCUUCUCAGAGCCAAGAAUGGCUGAGCUGGAAAUCAACUGAAAUGAACACGACUUGUAAUAAUGGGGACCGCCUGGGACGCAUCUGAUGUAAUCGAAGUUAAGAUAAAGGAACUAUCUGAAGAAAUCAUCACUCUCUUAUAGAAUCUCUCUGUUCUCCAAAGCUUCAAAGGGAAUCACAAUCACAUAACGGAACUUCCAUGAACCAGAACUGAAGGAGUGGUUUUCUUCUCUCUCCAGAGACGUCCUUUGGUACUCACCAGUUUCUGUAGCUGAUUAAACUGUUCCCAAUAACCGU